AUGGUCCAGGUUGAAGAAGAAAUAAGCCAAAAGAAGAAGAAGAAACCAGAAUGGAUUGAACAAUUCUUGGAAAGAACAUUCUUUGAAUCAUGCACAACUCACCCAAUUAGAAGAAAUGAAAGAAAUAGAUACUGCAUCAAUUGCAAUUUGUCAGCUUGCCAAUAUUGCAUGUCGUCGCCAAUUCAUCGCCACCAUAAGAUACUCAAAAUAUAUAGGCAUGUUUAUAAGGAUGUGGUCUCUCUUGGUGCUAUGGAAAAGUAUCUUGAUUGUUCUCAAAUUCAGCCAUAUAAGUGCAACAAGCGAUUGGUGAUAUCGUUGAAUCCUCUGCCACAUUGUGGUCCGUUAUUGAAUAUUGGAGUUUGUGAUGUCUGCAAGAGAAGAUUGGCAGAGCCUGAACUCUACAGUUACUGUUCCAUUUCUUGCAAGGUGACAGCAUUUGCAAGGAAGUCAAGUGAAAUGGACCCUCCAUUUCUGUGCAUCCAACACACUUCAACUACUUCAAAAAGCAUCAGAAGAACCAAAGAAUCAAAACCUGAGCACCCAAAGCGCAAAAGGAAGGGCAUACCUUGUAGGGCACCUUUCUUCUAA